CGCCACUUUCUCACUUUCUCCAAUACCAACGGUGUCCCAAAAGGUUGCCAUACCCGUAAUUGACGCGACAAGAUCAAAGUGCCAACGUUUAAGAGAUUACUUAUUCACUUGCAUGCUCAUUUCAAUGUGGAGCGAGAGUCGCCUGAGACUAAAACUCGGUCUGUCUUGUUGCUCUCUCAUGAAAGGAGCCAGUACACAGAAAACCUUCCGUUCCUGGGGCAAAACGAUAAGUGAGGAGAGACGCGCCCAAGCUUACCAUGUUGGCUGGGUAUUGGUUUGUAUAAAGAUCGUAUGGCGUUCAUGGUCCACCCGCGCUCUUUAUCCGUCGACAAUAAGAUACCCUGAGGUGUAGAUCUUAUAUCAAUCUGCUUCUCAUAAUAACUCUGCUGCAGAGCUCAACUGUAGGCAGUAUUCUUCUCGAGAAGCUUAAUUUC